UAUAAAUUCUUUGUUUUGAAACAAAACCAGCAACUGAAGGUUAUAAAUUUCAUAAAUCUGAUAAACUUAUUUGUCAUUCUCAUGGUGAACAAUAACAAUAGAUGUAGUGUGCAGAUGAUUAGUUUGAAUAUCAAGUUUGUUUGAUUAAAGUUUAUUUAAACGUCAAAGUAAUGAUGACUACAAAUAAAUCAAUUUUAUCGUACUGUUGUUUAUUUAUUUUUAUAUUAAUUAAUCCAAUAGAAAGUGCAUCUUAUCGUCCUGUUGUAAUUAUUCAUGGAGUCCUUACUGGAAGUGAGAGUAUGGAGCAAAUCAGUGCUCGGAUUCAAGAGACACAUCCGGGGACACAAAUAUUUAAUACGCCACGUUAUGCAGGAUGGAGUAGUCUAGAGCCAAUGUGGCAUCAAGUAGAAGAAAUUGGACAAGAUUUAAUGGCAAUUUCAGCAGCAUUCCCUGAAGGCAUUAAUUUAUUAGGAUAUAGUCAAGGUGGAUUAUUAGCUAGAGCUAUUCUCCAGAGGUUUCCAGAUCAUAAUGUCAGAACUUUUAUAUCAUUAAGUUCACCACAAGCUGGGCAGUAUGGCACAAAAUUUUUGCAUUUAUUUUUCCCGGGCUUAGUUUGUGAAACAGCCUUCGAAUUAUUUUACUCAAGAGUUGGCCAACAUACAAGCGUUGGAAAUUAUUGGAAUGAUCCUUAUCAUCAAAAAUUGUAUUUUGAAUAUAGCAAAUUUUUACCAUUAGUUAACAAUGAAGAACAAUCAGGAAAUUCAUCGGACUUUAAAUUGGGACUUACAAAAUUAAAAAAAUUAGUUUUAAUUGGCGGUCCUGACGAUGGUGUAAUCACACCCUGGCAAAGCAGUCAAUUUGGUUAUUAUAAAUUCAAUGAAACUGUUGUCGAAAUGCGGAAUCGUGAAAUAUAUCAAACUGAUGCUAUCGGUUUAAAGACCUUAGAUAAAGCAAAUAAAUUAAUGACUUACACAGUUCCCGGUGUUACCCAUGACCAGUGGCAUAAAAAUAUGACACUCGUAGAUUUAUAUAUUUUACCUCAUCUUGAUUGAUGAUUCAUAUCAAAUAAUUGUAGUAUAAAUUUUUAAAAACUUUAUAUAUCAACAAUUAAUUUUUAUAAUACUGAAGUUAGCUAUGAUGCUGAAGGUAGCAGUCAUUAAAAAAAUUUAUUUAUUUAAAAUAAAUAAAGUAAAUACUAGCAGGCAAUAAUUUUAAAAAAUGCAUGUGAAGAAUUUUCAAAAUUUUUCUUGUGGAUAUUUUUUAAAAAUGUUUCUGAUGACAAUUAAAUAAGUAAUUAAAAACACAAAAAUCUUCAGAUGUCGGCUACUUUUAGCAUCAUAGUUAGCCGACGUCUCAUAAUUUUUGGAAUUUUUUUAAAAUGAAUUAAAAAAAUUGCACUUACAGUUUUUUGUAAUUUCCUACAUGUGCAUAUUAUUAUUUUUAUUUUUUUUCUUGUAAAUGAUUAGUCGAAAAAAAAAAUCGAAAAUUGUUAAUUGUCUGCUACAGGAUCAUCAAUUAUUGUUACUAGUUAAUUUAAUUUAAUAGGCCUACAGAAUCUUAUAGUAAAUUUUUUAACGAUAAAUUGUAAAUUAAAAAAAAGACUGAUGUGAAAUUUACCAGAAAAAAACUCAGUUUUAAAAAUAAUCUGAUUUGAAAGUACAAUUAUUG